UAAACAAGUGUCACGACUCACGUUACACGUCAGUCACCGUUGUUAAAGAAAAUGAUAAAGUCGUUGCGUUAUUCAAAUAAUAUUUAUAUAUUACGCGGAGGUGUCUCAUAUUAUUGUAAAAUAAUACGUUAUAAACAAGUGGAUAUUAAUUUAAAAAACAGAACUUUCAUUGACCUCUGCGGUAUAUAAACUUGUAACGCAAACCAUGUAGUGCCAUCGUAUUUACGAAAAUAAAACGGGUUCUUGAGAUUUUUAAAAGAUAUAUUUAUCAUCAUGGGAUCUAGAAAAGAAGCACUAAUAGUAGGAUCGUUAUGUGUUCUCUGGUACACUCUAAGUUCAGCUAGCAACGUGGUGGGCAAGUUGGUUUUGACCGAACUGCCUUUUCCUAUGUCAGUGACUAUGGUGCAGCUGACGUCCACAGUAUUAUACAGCAUGCCCGCCUUCGCUGCUUGCGGCAUACGUCGAGCGCCCUCCUUUCCGCGGUCUUAUUAUCUUCGUGUGCUGGGGCCCCUUGCUUUAGCCAAAUUUCUUACAACGAUGUUCUCUCAAAUUUCUAUAUGGAAAGUACCGAUUUCAUAUGCUCACACGGUGAAGGCUACUACUCCUCUAUGGACGGCAGCGCUCGCGUGGCUACUUUUCGGCGAGCGGCAGACGCCGGGCGUGCAAGGAUCGCUGCUGCUAAUCGCGGCCGGCGUAGCGGUCGCCUCAGCAACCGAACUUCACUUCGACGCUCAAGGUAUGGGAGCGGCCCUGGCGGCUGCUGCCCUAUUGAGCCUCCAGCAUCUAUACUCUAAGCGAGUCAUGCGCGACUCGGGCGCACAUCACCUACGCCUGCUGCAGCUGCUGAGCGCGCUUGCCUUGGUGCCGCUGACCCCUAUCUGGAUGGUCGCAGAAGCGAGUGCACUGUACUCGGCGCGGCCGGCGGCGGGUUGGACACACGCGGGUACACUGCUCGCGGCGGACGGUGCUCUGGCGUGGUUGCAGGCCGUGGCAGCGUUCAGUGUCCUGUCCCGCGUGUCUCCGCUGGCGUACGCCGUGGCGUCGGCCGCGAAACGUGCGGCCGUGGUGGCGGCUUCACUGCUGCUGCUCCGGAACCCAGCGCCGCCCCUCAAUCUGGCGGGCAUGGCGUUAGCAGGGCUCGGCGUGCUCGCGUACAAUCGGGCUAAAUUGCGGCGCCGCGAGGAAGAUGCCCACCGACCACUGCUGCCUGUCUGACGUCAUUUGUCAGACUUUCUCUUAGUCAAAUUGAACCAUAUUAGAUAUUUUAGUAGAAUAAUUUUAUGACAUGACAAAAUUACUACAAAUCUCUUAAUACCUUUUGUACAUAUUGUACAUAGAUAAUGACAGUGUUAGUGCUAGAGUGUUAUGUAAUAUUUUUGUAUAUUAAAAAAAACUAUUUUUUGAUAUUUUGGAGGGAGUAAUACUCUCUGUUACCCACAAUGAAUAUUCACAAUAGAUAUUUGUCAAUGGCACAAAAAAAUGAUGGAGUAAAAUUGGACGAGAUGAAAAUAAAUAUUAUCAGCCUUAAAAGAACAGACCAUAGGAAGAGUAUUUAUAGUUAGGUAGCUAUUGCUCUGUGUGUGCGUUCAUUGUUCAGUGUGUAAUUGUUAUUGACUGUGUAUCUUGUUUUAAAUUCUAAUGCGGUGCUCAGUCAAGUAUUCAUAUUUUAUUAUGUUAUAGUUUUUGUAAGAUCAAGUCACCACAUCAACUAUCACUGCUUUAGUUAUUUCAAAUGAUUAGAAUACAGAAACAUCUAAUGGCUUGAGAAAGAUUAAUAUGUAGGAAUUAGGAAUAAUGAGUGACCAAGUAACCGAAAUGUUACAAAAUAAAGAACACUAAGUGUGUCCAGGAACCAUAUAGGGUGGAAGUAUUUUCUGCAUCAGACAGCAGCAGAUGCUGAGCUUGGCCUGACUUUUUUAUGUAUUUAUAAAAAAGAUAAACUGAAAAAAUUGGAAGGUCACUUAUUACAAUAAUGUAUUUUGUUAAGUAUUUUUGUUGAUAGUAUAAUAAAUUUGUUUGAUUUUUUUUAUAUAUAUUCAUGAAAUAAGAACCUAUAACAUUAAAUUAUGAAUUUCUGA